AUGAUAUCUCUUGGCAUUCUUGAUAAAAACUGGGCCCGUGGAUUAAAUGAAAAAGAAGCUGAAGUUAAAUUUAACCAGAUACUUAAUAGCCAAAACAGUGCAACACCAACCCCAAAAUAUGUUGAGAAUGAAAAACAAAAGAAAUUAUUUCAAGAGGAGAUCAACCAAGUAAAAAGACUACAUGGAAAUGAAUUUGAUCUGCAAAUUAAAGAAUUAUAUCAUGCAACUAAAGCUCCAAGAAAUCUGAUUUGUUCUCGUGGACUGGAUCAACGACUCAGUACUGUUGGGUUGUUUGGCCGAGGAAUUUAUUUUGCUGAUGAUGUGAGGAAAUGUGAACAGUACCUAUAUAAUGUCAAAGGAAGUGCUAUUUACAAAUGUUCUGUGAUUCUUGGGGAUAUUAAAGAGUACCCCGAUGGAAAAGCAGAUCCUCAACUUAAACAAGAACCUGAAAAAGAAAAUGGAGACUAUUAUGAUUCUGUCAAAGGAAAUAUGGAUGGCUUCAAUGAAUACGUAAUAUACGAUAAUCGCAGAUGCCUAAUUAAUUACAGAAUUGUUCUUGAAGGUACUGAAGAUGAAGACAGCGACAAAGAAGAUGAGAUUGCAAAAGCAGAGAAAAAAGAGGAAUUUAUGGAAACUUGGAAACGUCAUAUGAAUCACUUGGUUGACUCAUGCAAACAUGAUGAUGAAGAGGAUGCAAAAGUAGAGCAAGAAAUUCGUAACAUUGAAAAAAUUCGACUUGAGAUUCGCAUGAGACGAGAAAUGAAAACAGGAAAACCACUGACUAAAUUGUCUUAUAAUUUGCUGCGUGAAGAGAGAAAAAAAUGGAAGUCUUGUAUUUCGAAAGCUGAAAACAAAUCCGUACUGAAGAUGAAGACAGACAGAGAACAUGAAAUUGCAGAAGAAGAGAAGAAAAAGGAAGUUAUGGAAACUUGGAAACGUCAUAUGAAUUACUUGGUUGACUCAUGCAAACAUGAUGAUGAAGAGGAUGCAGAAGUAGAGCAAGAAAUCUGUAAAAUUCAAAAAAUUCGACUUGAGGUUCGUAUGAGACGAGAAAUGAAAACAGGAAAACCACUGACUAAAUUGUCUUAUGAUUUGCUGCGUGAAGAGAGAAAAGAAUGGAAGUCUUGUAUUUCAAAAGCUGAAAACAAAUCCAUAAUUCCAGAGAGGAGAUAA